CUUGAGAACGCCAACUCCAACUUUCUUCAGCGGGCUGCACUCCACCACAACCUCCACCAUCCUGCUCCUAUCUCCUCAUCGCUAGCUUUCCUAGCCUAAUUCAUGACGAGCCGUCUCGUGUCUCUGAGAACUGCCAAGUCUGCCAUCAUGUCUGCCGUUGCAGCGGAUUGUACUCAUCUUCGCCCGCGGCGCUUUGCCCCGCUUGAUGCUGGGAAGCCGUCCGAUGCUCCAGUGCUGAAGGGUAUUGUCUUUGAUGUGGAUGGGACAUUAUGUCUGCCACAGCACCACAUGUUCUCCGAAAUGAGAGAGGCUCUCGGCAUUGACAAAUCCGUGGACAUACUCCAUCACAUCCGCGACCUUCCCACGCCCGAAGACCGUGCCGCAGCCGUGGCCAAGGUUCAGGCCGUCGAACGACGCGCCAUGCUCGAGCAACAACCUCAACCGGGCCUCUCAAAGCUAAUGGAUUACCUGAAAUCCCGGGGUCUCCGACGAGCAUUGUGCACACGCAAUUUCGAAGCCCCAGUCCAAUAUCUCAUCCAGAACCAUCUCCCCAGCCAUAUCUUUCUUCCCAUCAUCACUCGCGAUACGCCAGAUUUGCUUCCCAAGCCCGAUCCGGCGGGUAUUCUGCACAUUGCACGGGAAUGGGGGUUGACUAAUCGUGCGGAGAACUUGAUCAUGGUUGGAGAUAGCAUUGACGAUAUGACAUCCGGACACGCAGCCGGUGCGGCAACGGUGUUGCUGGUGAAUGAGCGGAAUAUCCAUCUCCGCGAGCAUGCGCAUACGGAUCUUUGCAUUAAUCGGUUGGAUGAGUUGAUCGAUAUCCUGGAGGGGGGUUUCCUCGGUCGUGAGGAGGAUGAUGUCCACAAGCAGAAUUAGCCAAGUCCGCUUGAUAAAGUUGAGAUGCUGAGCCUGGCCCAUAUACGUCAACUCCCGUGGACGACAUAGAAGAAUGGAAACUAUACAAAGAGGUUCUCUUGAAGACCAUGGACAGACUGAUUGUAUACAAAGAGGUAAAGUAUAUUUUGUAUAGUUGAUGUACAAGUGCCUUCUCCAAACUCUAGUUAACUCGGACAUACACUGGCGUUAAUUUUCGUAAGCGACUUUUCAAGGUCGUCCUCCCCGAGGCUUCCCACCGCGUCCACGGCCACGACCGCGGUUUCCACCACCACCACCACCUCCUCCUCCUCCUCCUCGAGGAGGCGGGCCCUUUGGACGGGUGAAUGGCGGUGGCUUAUUUCGUGGCUGGGCAGGACCAACGCCGCUACCAAACUUGAUCGCCCCGCGACCUCGGCCACGGGCUGGAGGCGGGCCCCUGCGGGCGCCUUGGCGGGGCAUCAUGUCUUCUUCGCUGGUUGAUGAUGGUGUGCGAGCACCACUACCACCACCCCCGCCGCCGCGACGUCCCUUGCCACGUUGGUAACUCGGCGCGGGAGGGCCGGUCUUUCGGGGAGGCCCUGUUACGUUCAGGUUGGUGACUUUGGCAGGAUCGGUUUCCUUGAGGGUAAAACACGCAGUUCUUUGUUGAAGGUCGGGGGGAAGAUGGGGGCAGUCCCCGAUCAGAUGGUUCCCACUCGUACAGUGGGCGCAAGAAAUGGAAACAGUCACGGUCUCGGAAAGAGCUUCCCGCGUUGGGAGGUUGAACUGGUGGUCACAGUCGGACUCCAUGUGUGUCGAGGAGCCACAAUAGUCGCAGGGGACCUCGGCGGCCGAACUUUUGAGGACAGACGGGCAAUCGCCUUGGACGUGGCCUCGUUCACGGCAGCGCUGGCAUCUUCGCCAUGAGGGACACUGCGUGCUUUGGUGGGUAUUCCAUGCUCCACAAUGAAC